GACGCCGCUCGAGGUCAAGACCAUCUCCUCAAGCAGCCAUGAAGUUCAACAUCGCGAACCCCGCGACGGGGCAGCAAAAGCUCAUUGACCUUGAUGAGGAGCGCAAGUACCGCAUCUUCUACGACAAGAAAAUGUCCCAGGAAGUCCCCGGCGACUCCCUCGGCGACGAAUUCAAGGGCUACGUUUUCCGCAUCACUGGCGGUAACGACAAGCAGGGCUUCCCCAUGAAGCAGGGCGUCCUCCUCCCCCACCGUGUGCGCCUCCUCCUCAGCGAGGGCCACAGCUGCUACCGUCCCCGCCGCGAGGGUGAGCGCAAGCGCAAGUCUGUCCGCGGGUGCAUCGUCGGCCCCGACAUCGCUGUCCUCUCCCUCGUCAUCGUCAAGCAGGGCGAUGCUGAGAUCCCGGGCCUCACCGACCAGGUGCUCCCCAAGCGCCUCGGCCCCAAGCGUGCGACGAAGAUUCGCCGCAUGUUCAACCUGACCAAGGACGACGACGUCCGCAAGUACGUCGUGCGCCGCGAGGUCAAGAGCGGGAAGAAGGAGAACGCGAAGCCGUACACCAAGGCCCCGAAAAUUCAGCGCCUCGUCACCCCCAUGCGCCUCCAGCGCCGCCGUCACCUCCGCUCCGUCAAGCGCCGGCGCUUGGAGCGCCAAAAGGAGCAGAAGACCGAGUUCGACGCCCUCCUCGCCAAGCGCGUCGCGGAGAAGAAGGCCAAGGUCGCUGCCAUCAAGGCCCACCACAAGGAGCAGCUCCAGGCCGCCCACGCCGCGUAA